AUCCUCGUCUCUUUGCAUUCCUCUUAUCUCUUCAUUUCCAUUCUUCUCAUCUUACAUUUUUCUCUUCUCUCCCCCUGUUUGGUCUGUUUAGAAAGAGGAAAAAUGCCGGCCGUCGGAAUUGUCCCGACUGGUGGUAAUGGCACCGAGUACCCCGGAAGACUUACUCCCUAUGUCCUCGUAACAUGUAUGGUUGCGGCCAUGGGUGGUUUAAUUUUCGGCUAUGAUAUUGGAAUUUCAGGUGGGGUUACGACGAUGCCGACGUUUCUGAGGAAGUUUUUCCCGUCGGUCUACGAACGGCAGCAAAGGAACAAGUCGACAAACCAGUACUGUCAAUACGACAGUGAGACGCUGACCCUGUUCACGUCGUCCCUGUACCUGGCGGCGCUUCUGUCGUCGCUGGUGGCUUCCAUCGUGACGCGCAAACUCGGGAGAAAACUCUCCAUGCUCUUCGGCGGUUUGCUCUUCUUUGCCGGAGCUCUCAUCAACGGCUUCGCCAAAGCAGUCUGGAUGUUGAUCGUCGGCAGAAUUUUAUUGGGUUUCGGCAUCGGCUUCGCUAAUCAGUCUGUGCCACUCUACCUGUCCGAGAUGGCCCCCUACAAAUACAGAGGAGCCCUGAACAUAGGCUUCCAAUUGUCCAUCACGGUCGGAAUCCUUGUUGCCAAUGUGUUGAACUAUUUCUUUUCUAAGAUCAAAGGUGGUUGGGGAUGGCGGCUGAGCUUGGGUGGUGCGAUGGUGCCUGCAAUUAUCAUCACAGUUGGAUCACUAGUCCUUCCGGACACACCCAACUCCAUGAUUGAACGUGGCCAAUCAAUUGAGGCCAAAGAGAAACUUAGACAAAUCCGUGGAGUUGACAAUGUUGAUCAGGAGUUUGAUGAUCUUGUUGCUGCUAGCGAAGCAUCAAAGCUGGUGGAACAUCCCUGGAGAAAUUUGCUCCAAAGGAAGUACAGGCCUCAUCUUACUGUGGCUAUCCUAAUCCCAUUCUUUCAACAACUUACCGGGAUUAACGUUAUCAUGUUUUACGCGCCUGUUUUGUUCAAUACAAUUGGAUUUAAGAACGAUGCUUCGCUUAUGUCUGCUGUGAUCACUGGUACUGUUAAUGUUAUUGCGACUUUAGUCUCAAUUUAUGGUGUUGAUAAGUGGGGAAGAAGGUUCCUUUUCCUCGAGGGUGGAGCUCAAAUGUUAAUCUGCCAGGUUGUUGUGGCUGCUUGCAUUGGUGCUAAAUUUGGAGUUGAUGGAAACCCUGGUGAUUUGCCUAAGUGGUAUGCCAUUGCUGUGGUACUUUUCAUCUGCAUCUAUGUUGCUGCAUUUGCUUGGUCUUGGGGACCCCUAGGAUGGUUGGUGCCUAGUGAAAUUUUCCCGUUGGAAAUCCGUUCAGCUGCUCAGAGUAUCAAUGUUUCCGUCAACAUGCUUUUCACAUUUUUAAUCGCACAAAUUUUCUUGACAAUGCUCUGCCAUUUGAAGUUUGGUCUGUUCCUCUUCUUUGCCUUCUUUGUUUUGGUGAUGUCAGCCUUCGUCUACCUCUUCCUCCCUGAGACCAAGAACAUUCCAAUUGAAGAGAUGGCUCUAGUAUGGAAGUCACACUGGUACUGGUCACGAUUUGUCGAUGACCUUGAUCACCCUAAUGGAGGCUUGGAGAUGCGCAAAGGAAACACAAAGAAUGUGUAAUCCAUUAUGGUUCUCUGUGUUUUUUUUUUUUUUUUUUUUUUUUUUUUUUAGUAUUUCUACAUCACACCCUAAUGGUUUCAGUGUCAACAAGAUGGUAUAUAGAUUGGUUCAGGGUUUAUCUAUGUACUAGUUUUCUGAGUGUUGCGUCAUGAACAUUUCUUUAUAAAAAACAAGAUUGUCCUGGGUGAGGCUCAUUCAGCAGGUCAAAUGAUUUGGUUGAUUGGUUUGUUGUCAUAAUGAUAUUUAUGAUUAUU